UCCCGAAGGAGGAAACGAGAAGGAUAGCGCCGACGCGCGUAGAGGGGCGUCCCGCGAGCCAGAAAUAGAAAUAGAAAAGCCGAGAGUUGCCGCCAAGUAUCACAGCACCAAGGUGCUGCUAGUGUUCUCCAUGUGCGUCUCUUGGUCGUUGAUUCGCCUCGCGACUGCCGCGGCCACGUUGGCAGUUUGCGUCGGAACAUGCCGCGCUCCGGCGUCCCGAUGAUGAGGUCCUCCCUGAGGAGCCGAGACUCGUCCUCGACGUCGACCGGCGUCGAUCCGCGGGAGCGCAUCAAGGACUGUUGUCGCAAGCUAGUGGCUUUCAUGUGCACCCAAGUGGGCGUGGGAGGAUUGGUCGUGGGCUACGCGAUCGUGGGUGCUUUCGGUUUCAUGAUGAUCGAGACUCUGGAGGAGCCGGCGGUGGUAUGCGUGCGCGAGUCCAUCCGCAGGGAUUACGCGGAGGAGCUGUGGCUCGGCACCGCUAGUAAUCAAUCGGUCAACGUGUUCAACCGCACCGCCUUCUGCGAGGUGUCCAACAGCAUCCUGCUGCGCUACCAGGAGAACAUCACCAUCAACGAGCGCAACAAGGUCAACUGCAGCGGCCUCAAGACCGUCGACCUGUGGUCGUUCCCGGCGGCGUUGAUGUUUUGCCUGUCGGUCUUCACGAUGAUCGGCUACGGUAGCCUGGUGCCGAAGACCCAGUGGGGCAAAGGCGCCACUGUGGUCUACGCGGUCCUCGGUAUUCCACUCUACGUGCUCUACUUCCUCAACAUGGGCAAGGUACUCGCGCAAGCUUUCCGUUGGCUGUACACCCGGCUGCACGAGUGCACCGGCCAGAGGAAACCCGGGCAGAGAAUCACCGUACCGUCGACCGCUUGCCUCUGGGUGAUAUUCGGCUAUAUUCUCGCCGGUUCGAUCAUGUUCGCCGAAUGGGAGGACUGGGACUAUUUGGACAGCGCUUACUUUUGCGUCACGUCGCUCUGCAAGAUCGGCAUGGGGGACUUGGUGCCCGGUUGGAAACAAGGCGGCUCCACGCAGAGCAACCAGACCAAACUCAUCAUCAACUUUGUCUAUCUGUUGCUGGGAAUGGGUCUGAUCGCCAUGUGCUACAUUCUGAUGAGGGAGGACGUAUAUGUGAAAGCUCGGGAGCUCAAAGCACAGUUGAACCACGCGAUGGACGCAGCUCACUAUAAGAUGGUGACGUGUUGUAGGUCAGAACCUACGGAUUGAGGGAUCGUGGGAGAGAGUCGUGCUACGGUGCACCGUAGAAACGUAGAAACGAAGAAUAUACUUUGCGUACUAGUCGUAAGGACAAGUCGUAAGGACAGAUCGUAAGAGCCGCUAUGAAUCAUAGCCAGCCGGUUUUUAAUCAAAGUGCCGGUUGCUGGCGGCCGGUGGGAAAUGUUGAGAUAAAUUGUAUAAAAAUAGGAAAGCAAACCGAUAUCGUCGAUAUCAGAGAGAUGGGAAUCGAUCAGUACAAACAUUCUCGUAGAUGCUGAUUACCAACGAUUGGAUGUUGCUGAUUUUACGUUUACAAACGCUACGAAGAAAGCGUCAUCUGCGAGAAUAGUUGGCAGUCUACAAGGAUGAGUGGAGAAAUUAUGGAGUAAAAGAGCCGUAACACUCUGUCCAGUUAAUCAAUCACAAAAUCCAUAAUCUCUCGCAUUUGAAAUAUCUUUGCGUUGCGUUGCAUCGCUGUACGAGACAAAACAACGUCUGCUCCUUACGUUUCAUUUACGCAUGAAUUUGUUCGAAGACGACGGCAAUUUAUGGAGCUGCCGGUGAGGUGUUUGUCACGGAGAACGGACAUGGACUCGAGUGUUACACAACGCCAGAUAUAUUGAUCCGAUGGGACAUGUCAACCGCGAAAUAAUCCGGCCGCUUCCGAUUACUGAGGACGUACACAGUUGCUGUCUUCUAAUUUAUCGAUUAUGAUAAUGUCUAGCCCAGUGAAUUAAUGAGCCUACAAUGCGUAUCGCUGAGAAAGAUUGCGCAAACACACACGUAGAUAAGGAUUUCGUGCAUCAUCACACACAUUCCACAAAAAAUUAUUUGUAUAAUAUGUAUACGAUCGCACGGGAAUAAAAUUGCGCUAUU